AUGCCUGGAGGGUCCUGUGGGCGUGGCGGGGAGCUUCUGUGGGCCUGCUGGUGCCCUGCUGAUGAGCUAGAGCUCGACCCAAAGCGCGCGUGGGCGCAGGACUUCCUGUGCGGCAUCCGCGGCAAGGACUUUGUGAUGGUGUGCAGCGACACGACGGCGGUGCAGAGCAUCGUGGUGAUGAAGCAGGACGAGGACAAGCUGGUGCCUGUCGACUCGCACAAGCUGUUUGCCGUCAGCGGCGAGGCAGGUGACCGCGUCAACUUUUCAGAGUAUAUCAUCGCCAACGUUCGGCUGUAUGCGCUGCGCAACGGUGCCACGCUGUCCACCAAGGCCGUGGCCAACUACACGCGCAGCGAGCUGGCCACGGCACUUAGAAAGUCGCCAUACCAUACCAACCUGCUGAUGGCGGGAUACGACCAGGGGGAGGGCGGCGGCCCUGCACUCUACUGGUGCGACUACCUGGCCACGCUGCACCACAUGAACAUCUGCGGCACGGGAUACGGCUCCUAUUUUGUGCUGUCCAUGUUUGACAAGCUGUGGCACCCCAAUGUCACGGAGGCAGAGGCGUUUGAGAUGAUGCGCAAGGGUGUGGACGAGGUGAAGAGCCGACUGGUUGUGGCGCCUCCAAAGUACGUAGUCAAGGUGAUCGACAGCCAAGGCAUCCGCACGCUGGGCGAACUCUGA